CGGAGCCAACAUUAGUGCAGUAGAGUCGUGAGGAUGUACCGGAUUUGUGGAGUACUGGUGACGGUCCUGGCGCUGACGGCGAGUAUAGAAGGGACGGCUGAAGUCAUGAGUCACGUUACGGCACACUUUGGAAAGUCCCUGGAAGAAUGCCGCGAAGAGUCAGGUCUCACCAAGGACGUGAUGGAGGAGUUCCAGCACUUCUGGAGCGAGAACUUCGAGGUGGUGCACCGCGAGCUCGGCUGCGCCAUCAUCUGCAUGUCCAACAAGUUCUCCCUCAUGCACGAUGACGCUCGCGUCCACCAUGUCAACAUGGCGGACUAUAUCAAGGGGUUUCCUAAUGGUGAGGUCCUAUCAGACAGGAUGGUCCAGAUGAUUCACAACUGUGAGAAGCAGUUCGAAGAUAUUGACGACGAGUGUAGUCGCGUCGUGAAGACAGCCGCCUGCUUCAAGGAGGACUGUAAGAAGGCGGGCAUAGCGCCAGAAGUGGCCAUGAUAGAGGCUGUACUGGAGCAGUAUUAGAACCUGAUGAUGUGGAACUAAAAGUAGUGAAGACUUUUUUAAGGCUUAUAUUAAUCGUGGCAUUUGUGUGUUAAAGAAAUAAAUAACUGAUGCAUUUGA